ACUAAUAAUUAAACAUGGAUACAUUUGGAGACGUUUCACUGAAUAUUAUAUGCAAGAAUAAUAACAGCGAAUAUUUUGAUACAGUUAUUGGAUACAUUGAGGAAAUUGUUUUAAGUGAUGAAUUUGAGUGCCUGCAUACUAAAUUCUUGAACUCAAAUUGGCAUAAAAUCGAAGAUGGCGAAGAGAAUAAAUUGGAAUAUAUGGAUAUAUUCAACGACUAUGCGAACACAUUUGAAAGUUUCAUCGUACGCGAAUUAAGUAGACGUAUGGAAGACUUUAGUAUGGAGCAUUUUGCAGAAGAGUUAAGAAACUAUGAAGCUAAUAAUGAUUCAGAGUAUAAUAAUGACAUUUUCGAACUUUUAAAUUCUUUCACAAGUUUUGAAACCUUUAAGGAAAUCAUGCUGGACUACCGUAACAAAAUGGAGGGUAACACGAGUCACUUAGAUUUUGAUAUACUUGUUGUAACAAGAGCGGAAAUCAAUCCAAAUAAAGUGUUUGAUAUGAGUACAGAAUGCUUAAUUAAUCAAAGUUAAGGCAUACAACUGUGUCUCGGGUUAAGAGCACGGACUUGCAGUAUUACAUUAGUAUAAUAUAUGUCAUUUGCCUAAUUUACUUUAGAAAAAGGCCUACUAUAAAUU